AUGGUCGCUGAAGGUGGCGUCGACGCGGACACCCUUGGACGUGCGACGUGGACAUUCCUGCACACGUUGGCGGCGACGCAUCCGGAAAAGCCGAGCGAGACCGAGAAGGCGAGAAUCACUCGCUUCAUGAAAGAUUUCAGCGAAGUUUAUCCAUGCGCUCCAUGCGCAGAAUCUUUCCGCGACAUCAUGAAGCGCAACCCAGUUGAAGCGCACUCGGGGAGCGCCUUUUCCAGGUGGAUGUGUGUCGCGCACAAUGAGGUUAAUAGAGAACUGGGAAAGGACGUGUUCGACUGUGCCAAAGUGGCCGACAAAUGGGGUAUUUGCGAAUCAUGUGCGGCGCAUGAAGAGGAAUUGAGUGAUUUCAAGUCGGCUUUUGCGGGGUUUGCAUCCUCUCGGAAAGUAAAGGGAUAA